CUUUUUGGGGGAACAAUAGGUCUACUUUGGGUUGCAUUGAGAACAAAAUUUGGAAGAAAGAGCCCUCGUUUUCAUUUGUGUGAAGAUCAAGAAGGUCGAGAAGAUGGGCAAAAAAAUCUUAGUUACCGGUGGGACAGGGCUGGUGGGUCGAGGAAUCGAAUUUGCUGCUCUCAGUGACAAACGUGAAGACGAAGAAUGGAUAUUUUUGUCAUCAAAAGACUGCAAUUUGACGAGUAUGGAUGAAACUAGGAAAUUAUUUGAAAUGCACAAGCCUACACACGUCAUCCAUUUGGCUGCAAUGGUCGGUGGUCUUUUCAGCAACCUUCGACAGAAUGCCGAGUUCUUCCGUGUGAACAUGCUGAUCAACGACAGUGUGCUCAAUUGCUGUAGAGAGUUCAAAGUGGAGAAGCUAGUGUCCUGUCUGUCGACGUGUAUAUUUCCGGACAAGACCACGUAUCCUAUUGAUGAGACGAUGGUGCACAAUGGCCCUCCGCACAGCUCCAAUUUCGGCUAUGCAUAUGCCAAGCGCAUGCUAGACGUACAAAAUCAUGCGUAUCGUCAGCAGUACGGCUGUCAGUUCACCAGCGUGAUCCCGACCAACAUUUUUGGACCACACGACAACUUCAACCUGGAGGACUCCCAUGUCAUACCGGCGCUCAUCCACAAGUGCUAUAAUGCCAAGCGCGAUGGCACAGCAGUCACUGUAUUUGGCUCGGGCACCCCACUGCGCCAGUUCAUCUAUUCUCAUGAUCUUGGUCGCUUGAUGGUCUGGACCCUGCGCGAGUACACUGAAACAGAGCCCAUCAUUCUCAGUGUCGGUGAAGAAGAUGAGGUGUCCAUUAAGCAGGUCGCCGAGGUCGUUGCCAAAGAAAUGGGCGUCGAAAAUCUGCAGUUUGAUACAACGAAGGCGGAUGGUCAAUUCAAGAAAACAGCCAACAAUGCCAAGCUUCGCCAAUAUCUGCCCGACUUCCAGUUCACACCAUUCGAGCAAGCAAUGAAAGAGAGCUGUGCUUGGUUUGUGGAAAACUACGAGAAGGCGAGAAAGUAGGAGCGUGCAUGUAGCUCAUUGAGAUGCAACUUUGCUGUCAGUUACUAUUCUGUUUUGAGUGUGCACCAGACGACUAGCAUCCUCAAUCCCUCAGUUAGCAAUGGCAUUAGGCCUUUAGGGUCAUAGAGCUAUCACAUUAUAACCGUAUAGAUUCAGAGCUUAUUCUAGAUUAGUUUAGUAUGGGUGGAUAAUAUCAUAUACCCGUGUGUUGUCUUUCGUUUUUAAUGUCGUGAUUGCAAUUGUAGUUGAUGCACUUGCUAACAGUUAAUAUUAUUAUUACACUAUUGUAGAUACCACUGCACAUCAAGCAGACUGGCACUGUACAUCCCCCUGAUUUCCUUUUUAACCACUUCGUUCCUUGAUCGUUUGCCUGCCACACGCCGCGAUAGCAGUGUCAUAUUGCACUGCUGUAGCCAUGUUUUUUUUGUAGGCCAUUCUUAUUUUUAUAUAGUACAGAUUAACCAUUCAACACAGUAAAUGUUAUACCUAUCCUGGUUAGUUUUUACUGCAUCUAUUCAUUCCAGAUUGAUGGACCAUUCCAUUCUCCACUUGUGUUUCCAGCCUGAUAGGCCAUCCCCAAACUAGCUCUCC